AACUAAUCCUAUUAAACAGAUGGCAACAAGUCAAGUAGUGAUCGGUGUCUCCACUCUCCCACCAAGUGAAAACCGAGACGGAUAUUAUAUGGAAGCUGCGACUGGCGUCGUCGGUCAAGCGCAGUCGCCGCCGCCGCGGGCGGUGGAGAGCGACGAGGAGCAGCGGGAGUGGAUGAAGAAGACUCGGGGGUGGCUGAUGGUGGUGUCGACGCUGGUGGGCUCUGCGGCGUUCCUGGGCGGGAUCGGCCGGUUGCGGUCGGAGAAGCUGCAGGACAUGCAGCACACGCGAGUGGGCAAAGCGUACCUGGUCGCCAUCAGCCUCGCCUUCGGCUUCUCCAUGGGCACCAUCAUCAUACUGCUGCUGAAGGCGGCGCCCAACACGUUGGAGAUCAAGGCCUUGUUGCGGAUCCUGCGAGCCUUCAUCAUCCUCGCUAUGUGCGCGCUAGGGUUAGCCUUCUCUCUGGCCUCCUACGGGAAGCUACUGUGGGCGUGCUCCUUCUUCGCUGCGCUCCUCGUCUUCUUCCUCGGGGUUGGCACGCUGACCUGGUGCAGCAACAGGGAGUUCAAGCUGCUUCGUCGUCUCUUCUCCUGGAGCGCGACGCGACACCGCGUCGAGCCGAGUGCGCAAGCAAAUGGGCAGCAGUACAUGGGGAGUUCACCAGGAAACGUGGGGUUCUCUCAUGCUUAGCUUCCUUCUCUUUCAUGGCUGCGGCAGAGCCGCCAUUUGACUCUCUGGGGAGUGUAAUAACUUGUUUGGAAUCGUCCACACGUUCUC